CAGGCAUCCAUGUCCCACCAUGGAGAGGAGAAAAUAACCCCAAAAAGAAGGAAAAGAAGACGCUGCAUUGCUGAGGAAUCUUCAGCCUCUAACUCCGACUGAGGGUUGGCACAUCCGGACGGAGAACCGGAGAGCGACAGAGGGGCGAGGGGCUGGUGCUUAGAAUGGCUUUCCUCGACAACCCCGCCAUCAUCCUGGCCCACAUCCGGCAGUCGCACGUGACCAGCGAUGACACCGGGAUGUGUGAGAUGGUCCUGAUCGACCACGACGUGGAUUUGGAGAAGUGCCAAUUGUCUGCGGCGUCCGCUGGUGGAGGCUCGUCCGGGGGAUCGUAUGGAGACGGCAGCAGUGGAGGAGACGGCCAGAACUGCGAUCUCUCUCAGUCUGUCGACAUCACCUCCAGCUGGGACUUCGGCAUCCGACGGCGCUCCAACACAGCUCAAAGAUUGGAGCGACUGAGGAAAGAACGACAGAACCAGAUCAAGUGCAAAAACAUCCAGUGGAAAGAGAGAAGCUCAUCUCAAUCAGCAGACGACUUGAGCUCACUUUUUGAAAAGAAGGACUUUAAGGACAGGCCCCGGAGCACAGGCAGUAAAUCCACACUCUCACUGCGGCUAGAACAUUGUCCUCAACAGCUCAACAACCCCUUCAACGAGUACUCCAAAUUUGAUGGCAAGAUUGAGGAGAGGGUGACCAUUAAAAUGGAGAGGAGACCAGAAAAAAAGCCAGAUUCCCUCUUGGGCAGUGUGGUGCCUCACACAGACAGUCUUGGUGGCUGCCCGAGCAGGAUCAAGGGUCUGAUUAACACUAUGAGAGUUAGUCUUUACAGCUCAGGCCUGGAUUUGGACAGGGUGUCAGAGCAAAUUAAAACGCCAUCGUCCCAGUGCAAACACCAGCGCAGUGAAAACGUCAACACUUACUGCCUCCACAUCGCUGAGGAUGACGGGGAGGUGGACACAGAUUUCCCUCCGCUGGACUCCAACGAGCCCAUACACAAGUUUGGCUUCAGCACGCUGGCUCUGGUCGAGAAAUUUUCAUCUCCUGGACUGGGGCCCAAACAGUCACUCUUUGUUCGAAUAAACGCCGCUCAUGGUUUCUCCCUGAUCCCAGUGGACAGCCAGAAAGUCACCAUGAAGGAUAUUCUGCAGAAGGCCCUCAAAAAGAGGAAGGGCUCCCAGAAAGGAUCAGGCCCCAUGUAUCGACUGGAGAAGCAAACCGAUCCGAAUGUGGCGGUGGAUUUGGACAGUACGCUGGAGAGCCAGGGAACCAUGGCGUUCUGCUUGGUCCGAGAAAACAGUUCUCGAGGUGAGGAGAGCUCAGAGGAGGACCCGCCUAUAGACAUCACUACGGUACAGGACAUGUUGAGCAGCCACCACUACAAGUCCUUCAAGAUCAGCAUGAUCCACAAGCUCCGCUUCACCACAGACGUGCAGCUAGGAAUUUCUGGUGAAAAGGUCGAGAUCGAUCCUGUCACCAAUCAGAAGACAAGCACAAAGUUCUGGAUCCGACAGAAGCCAAUCUCCAUCGACACGGAUCUGCUGUGUGCCUGUGACCUGGUGGAGGAGAAGAGUCCAAGUCAUGCAAUUUUUAAGCUCACAUAUCUAAGCAACCACGAUUACAAAGCCCUGUACUUUGACUGUGAUGCUGCUACUGUCAAUGAGAUUGUGCUCAAGGUGAACUACAUCCUGGAGUCCCGUGCCAGCACGUCAAGGGCGGAGUACUUCGCCCAGAAACAACGCAAACUGAACCGUCGCACGAGCUUCAGUUUCCAGAAGGACAAAAAGUCAGGCCAGUAGGGCUGGCGGCCAAACUGAUCAGCAGACUCUGAACCAAAUGGCCUGCGUAAACGGAGGCAAAGAGAUAGACAGGAAAAUAUAAAGAAUAGAAAGAUAGCGAGAAGUUUCGACGAAAAUAUGGAGGAAAUGUGAGACAGACGUCUCAUCCGGAUGGAGAAAUCAGCCUCUCAAGGUCGGCCUUUCCUGGACUGACGGUCCUUAAUCAUAUCAGAGCACUAAUGCUCUCUGCUGUCACUCGAAUGUACUAGCAAAACCAACCAACAAUCUAAUUAAACAAUGGUAUUAACAUUUGAAGCCACAGCCAUCGCCCAGACCAGACAAAACCAUCGGCUGGACUCUGAAUGCCAAGGACCGAGAACUUGCUGCUGUUUGCAUCAAAGACUUACUUCCACUGCCUACAAACCAACUGUACAUAAACGCGCACCAAACGAACGCAGUCGGAACCUUACAAGCCAGAAAGAGCAAGCGAACCGUAAUAGCUGUUCCCGUAUGUAUCAAAGACGUUAAACCGAAUUUUAACACGUAAAGGGAUCGCAGAUUUUUUUUUUUUUAAUUUUUUACGAAAAUGUAAAUAGCAAACGCAUUCAGGGUCUGAUGACAAACCCUCUUUGGCCAUAGUACUUCAGUGCCUGCUACAGAUCAAUACGACAAAUGCGUUCUUCGAGAUUUUAAGCGUCCGCUGGUUAAGUCGGGAAACUCUUUUUACCACCAGAGGAGGUUAACAGUUUAAGGAAUGACUGAUUUUUAAUGAUCAAAUAUGAAAUUAAUAACUACUUUUUACUGUGAUGUGUGUUUUCCCCUCUGCAUUGUAUCUUUGGAUUGCAUAUAUAUAGUUUAUAUAUAUAUUAUAACGAACCAAUCGCCGUCUGUCUCUUUUCGGCGAAUGUUUUGGUUUAUUCUGACUGUCCUCUUGGGCUGCAAUGGGAAUGUAUGACCGUCUCUGCCACAUUUCUUUAUAAAUGUUAAAGAUAACAUUAUUAUACUAGGUUCAUUUCGUCCGCGGGUCCGUCGUCUCGUUCUGCCGUCUCAACCUGAAACUCUCGCUCUAUAACUCCACUUCAAACGCUGCUGUUUUUAAACUGGAUUCAGGGUGUUCGUUCUACCCAAAACUGUUCUGACUCAGGUUUCCGACUGCCAUGUUGUCUUGACUGAUCUUUUUUUUUUUUUACGUCUGUCAAAGCCAGAGAGCGAUGACUGAUACUCAGUUCAGCCCUGACGGAUGGACAAAGAGAGCGCGUGUUUUCCUGUGAUGGGGAAAACGGCUGAAUAGACAUUUCAAAUCAAACUUUAUUUAUAAUAUUCAGAUGACCUGGGGGGGAGGGGUUAUCAUGUGGCCUAUGGAAUCAAUAUUUGCUACAGUACAUGUAUACUGUAUAUAAGUAGAUUUUCUAAUUAAAGACUGAACUGAAA